CUUUCUCUCUCAUAUCAUAACCAUAUCUAUGUAUAUAAUAUGUAUAUAAAUCACACCUCCUUAAAUCUCCCACCAAACCCAUAAGCGAAAUCUCCAAGAAAGCAACGCAGACAAUGUAUCAGGACAAUUUCUCGACUCCGGAUUUGACUCAGUCAUCUCCUCCGACUCGUUGGAACCGCUACGAGGAUAAGCUUUUUGAGAAGGCUCUGGUUAUGUUUCCCGAGGAUUUUCCCGAUCGGUGGCAAAAAAUCGCUGAACACGUUGGCAGAUCGGUUCAAGAAGUGACAGAGCAUUAUGAAAUUCUGGUUCAUGAUGUCUACGAAAUUGAUUCCGGCAGGGUUGAGUUGCCGAGUUAUGCGGAUGAGUUCUUUGAGUCGAGUUGGGAAUCUCCCAUGGCCGCCUCGAAUCAAAUUUCUUUUGGUAGUCAGACGAAGCAGGGCGAUGCUGAGAGGAAGAAAGGAAAGCCAUGGACAGAAGAAGAACACAGGUUAUUUUUGAUUGGGCUGAACACAUUUGGCAAGGGUGACUGGAGAAGCAUUUCAAGAAAUGUGGUGAAGUCAAGAAACCCAACGCAGGUUGCUAGUCAUGCUCAGAAAUACUUCCUUCGACAGAAUUCUGUGAAGAAAGAGAGGAAAAGAUCGAGCAUCCAUGACAUCACCACUGUAGAUAACAAUUCAGUUGCUCCGCAUAUUGAUAAAAAUUGGAUAGCUCCACCUGGUGGUGCUUCAGUCUCUGUUCUGCAAGAAAUGCCUCUAGCAAGCCAUUUGCAUGAUCAAAGAGGCUCCAUGGUGUAUCAAAACUAUGGCUUUCCUAUGUAAAGAUUCCUGAUGUCUAAAUAGUACAUACAGUAGUUUCCUGCCUGCACUGAAGUCCAUUUUGUAUAGCCUAUUUAUGUUCUUUUACCUCAGGUGAUGUUUAGGAAAUAGGAACACAGUGAAGAAAUGAAUUUGAUAGCACUGAUUAUUUAAGUCUUUUGAAAUCUUGAGAUUGAAGAGAGUUGUUUAUAUCUUUAAAUUUUAGGAAUUUAUUGAAUUUAAUAGUAAAUGAAAA